UUUCAGUUUGCUACAGGACCAUUUUUAAUCUGAACUGAACAAACCACCCCUUUUGCUUUCUUAGCCAAAUCACCAAAAUGUCCAGAUAGAACAAGAACUCAGCAUUCUGCAAAAAGAAGUUAACAGCUGAGAGUGGAAACAUUCUGAAAUGGAUCCCAAAUAUUUCAUCUUAAUUUUGUUUUGUGGACACAUCAGUGAUACAUUUUCCUCAGAGACAGAAACAAUUACAACAGAGAAGCAACCACAGCCUACUUUAUUUAGAUCAUCAAGGCCACAUAACUCAGCUAAUUCUCAAAACACAACAGAGAAUCCUAUGAGUCAACCAACACAAUUCAACCAUGUUUCUCCUGUACAACCAAUACCAACUGCCAAAGUUGCUGCUGGACAAACACCACCAGCUGCCUAUGCUUCUCCUGAAAAACCAGCAGCACACACUUCUGCUGGGCAACCACUUGCCUAUAACGUCACCAGACAACCAAUACCAAUGGCCAACACCUCCUCCCAACAAACAGCAGUACCCAUGUUUACUUCUGCUGGACAACUACCACCAUCUACCCAUACUUCUACCAAACAACUGCCACCAUUUGUCUAUACUUCCACUCAACAACCAUCAUUUGUCCAUACCUCUUCUAGAAAACCAAAAUCACCAACUGUUCAUAAUCCAUCUAUACGACCAACACCAAGUGUCAGAAGCUCACCUAGGAUUACUCCAGGAUUCAUCCUAGAAACGACCAGUAGCAAAAAUAUCUCACAUGAAACCAAUUCUAAUUCAGUAGCUGCCAUAUUAAUUGGCGUAAUUCUGACUUCUCUGCUGAUAUCUAUAAUCAUAAUUGUACUAUGGAAAUGUUUGAGAAAACCAGUUUUAAAUGAUCAGAAUUGGGCAGGCAGGUCUCCAUUUGCUGAUGGUGAAACCCCCGACAUAUAUAUGGAUAACAUUAGAGAAAAUGAAGUACCCACAAAACGGACAUCAAUUAUUUCACUUAUGCCCUGGAAACCAAACAAAAGCACACUCUUAGCAGAUGAUUUGGAAAUUAAGUUAUUUGAAUCAAAUGAACACACUGAAGAUUCCAACAACCCCAAAACAGAGAAAAUAAACGAUCAAGUAAAUGGUACAUCAGAAGAGAGUCCUGGUGGAUCAACGAUUGGCACUGCAGUUUCUUCUUCAGAUGACGCCGAUCUGCUUCCACCACCUCCCCCACUUCUUGAUUUGGAAGAACAGGAGAGUAACCAAUGUGACAAACCCACAGUGACAAUUCUAUCUCCUCUUCCAAAUGAUUCCACCAAUCUCCCACCAUCUCUGGACUGUCUCAAUCAAGUCUGUGAAGAUCACAAUUCUGAGUUCGAACAAAGAUUUCCACCUCCACCUGACUUACUUAACUUGCCCCUGGCACCAGGAGACUGCAUGAAAAACCAGGCAGAUUCCAACAGUGAGAUCCAGUGUCAGGAGUUCUCUAUUCCUUCUAAUUCGGAUCAAGAUCACAGUGAAUACUUGCCGCCCCCACCUGAAGAACUAUUAUAAAUAUCAUAACUUGCUUUUUAGCUGAUCUUCCAUCUUUCUUAUGGAACUCCUUCUUUUGUUUUUCUUCCUUGAUAAUGGCAACUGGUAGCCAGUUUUGAUUUUUAUUCAGGAACUGCCUGAAAUCUGCUCAAAGCCCAUGUGCAUAAGUGGAACUUACUUUUAAAAAAUGAUGUAACAGUGAUCUAUUCACUGGCUGUUGUACCUAACUUUAACGUAUAGUACAUUUUACAUAUGUAUGUAAAUAACUUAACCAUUUUGGAAACAGGCAAUCUACAUACACUUAAUAUCACCUAAUAGAUUUUUUCCCCCUGAAAAGCUAUGUAUAAAGUUACCUUGAAUAAAUAACAUUUUGUUUUUCCAUUUCAAAGUUUGAGGUGGGGGGAGGAAUGAGAAAUGAAAUACAUGUUCCAAGUUUUAAACAAAACUCCAAAUUUUAAAUUAAUACCUCAAAUAUUCCAAGUUUGUAGAGAUGAGAAACUAAAAUGCAUAUUUGAGAAUACAAAAAUUUCCUUUUAGCUCUCAUUGGAAACAGUAAAGCAAAUCUGUUAAAACAUCAAAUUGGGGGGGUGUUGGAUUGGGGAUAUCUACUCUGAAAAAAUAGAAGCAUGCACCAUAAACUGUAGACAUUUUCCCAUCUUGUUGGGAGAGCACAAUUUUUAAAAUUAGCCUCUUUAAAGAAUUUCUUCUUUCUAUGGCUCAAGCACCCAAACAAAAGAAAUCUUAUAAAGGAAAA